GCUUCCCCAGUCUAUCUACAAUCCUCCCUCUCCUUCUCCGAUUCCCCCUUUCUUUCUUCUCUUCUUACCUCACUUUAUUUCCCCUAUCUCUAAUUACAGCUUGCUGUUAUUUCCCCCUCUUUUUCUUCCAUCCUGGUGGAUAUAUUUGCGUGGCGUUUUUUUGGGUGGAUGAGGUCGUCCUGCGGCCCUACUAGUAAACAUGGCUCCUCUACCUAUCAAAUUCACGGAGCUUGUUAAUUUGACGAAUGUUGAAAUCGCGCCGGCUUCGAUUGGUUUCAACUCAUGUACUCUGGAAUCUGACCACUACGUCUGUGUCCGGCAAAAACUCAACGAGGAAGAAAAGCCUCAAGUCAUUAUCAUCAACCUCAAGAACAACAAUGAAGUCAUCAAGCGGCCCAUCAAUGCGGACAGUGCGAUCAUGCACUGGAGCCGCAACAUCAUUGCCCUCAAGGCUCAAGGGCGGACAAUCCAGAUCUUUGACCUGUCGGCGAAGCAGAAACUCAAGUCCGCUGUGAUGAAUGAAGAUGUUGUAUACUGGAAGUGGUUCAGCGAGAAGCAGCUCGGUCUGGUGACGGAAACCUCCGUCUACCACUGGGACGUUUUCGACCCCACUCAGUCCCAGCCGCUCAAGGUCUUUGACCGACUUCCCAACCUAAGUAGCUGCCAAAUCAUCAACUACCGCGUCAACGAUGAUGAGAAGUGGAUGGUCGUGGUCGGAAUCAGCCAACAGCAGGGGCGCGUGGUGGGCUCGAUGCAGCUCUACUCCAAGGAGCGUGGCAUUUCGCAAUUCAUCGAGGGUCAUGCGGCUGCUUUCGCUUCCAUUAGAGUGGAAGGCUCCCCGCUGGAACACAAACUCUUUACUUUCGCCGUCCGGACGCCCACCGGCGCGAAGCUGCAGAUCGCCGAAAUCGACCACCAGGAGCCCAACCCGCGGUUCCAGAAGAAGGCCGUGGAGGUCUACUUCCCCCAGGAGGCGGUCAAUGAUUUCCCCGUCGCGAUGCAAGUGUCUCGCAAGUACGACGUGGUGUACCUCGUCACGAAGUACGGCUUCAUUCAUCUCUACGACUUGGAGACCGGAACCUGCAUCUUCAUGAACCGAAUCUCGAGCGAGACGAUCUUCACUACCGCCCCCGACUCCGAAUCGGCCGGUCUGGUUGGUGUCAACCGGAAGGGUCAGGUGUUGACCGUGAGCGUCGACGAAAACACCAUCAUCCAGUACCUGAUGGAGAACCCUGCCAUGUCUGGCCUUGCGGUCAAGCUCGCCUCCAAGGCUGGACUGCCCGGCGCGGACCACCUCUACCAGCAGCAGUUCGAUAACCUGAUCGCUCAAGGCAACUACUCUGAAGCUGCGAAGAUCGCCGCCAACUCUCCCCGUGGUUUCCUUCGGACUCCGGAGACCAUCAACCGCUUCAAGAAUGCCCCGCAGACCGGACAGCAGAUGUCCGUUAUCCUCCAGUAUUUCGGUAUGCUGUUGGACAAGGGUACCCUCAACCGAUAUGAGAGUGUGGAACUUGUUCGCCCCGUGCUGCAGCAGAACCGGAAGCACUUGCUUGAGAAGUGGAUGCGCGAGAACAAGCUAGAGGGCUCCGAGGAGCUUGGAGAUAUCGUCCGCCCUUACGACAUGAACCUGGCUCUUGGUAUCUAUCUCCAAGCCAACGUGCCCCACAAGGUCAUUGCCGGUUUCGCCGAAACUGGUCAGUUCGACAAGAUCCUGGCCUAUUCCAAGCAGGCCGGAUACCAGCCCGACUACACCCAGCUUUUGCAGCACAUUGUCCGCGUGAACCCCGAGAAGGGUGCCGAGUUCGCCGCCCAACUUGCCAAUGAGGAGAGCGGUGCGCUUAUCGACUUGGAUCGCGUUGUGGACGUGUUCCUGUCCCAGAAUAUGAUCCAGCAGGCCACGUCGUUCCUGCUUGAUGCCCUUAAGGACAACAAGCCUGAACACGGUCACUUGCAGACUCGACUGCUUGAGAUGAACCUGGUCAAUGCCCCGCAGGUUGCGGACGCCAUCCUCGGUAACGAGAUCUUCACCCAUUACGACCGCCCCAGAAUCUCUCAGCUGUGCGAGAAUGCCGGUCUCAUCCAGCGUGCUCUUGAGAACACUGACGACAGUGCCGCCAUCAAGCGCAACAUUGUUCGCACCGACAAGCUCAGCCCCGAAUGGUUGAUGAGCUACUUUGGCCGUCUUUCGGUUGAGCAGACCUUGGACUGCAUGGACACCAUGUUGCAAGUCAACAUUCGCCAGAACUUGCAGGCCGUUGUUCAGAUUUGCACCAAAUUUUCUGACCUCCUGGGCCCUAACCAGCUCAUCGCCCUCCUCGAGAAGUACCGCACCGCCGAAGGUCUGUACUACUACCUUGGCAGCAUCGUCAACCUCAGCGAAGAUCCUGAGGUUCACUUCAAGUACAUCGAGGCUGCCACUGCUAUGGGCCAGACCACUGAGGUCGAGCGGAUCUGCCGUGAGAGCAACUACUACAACCCCGAGAAGGUCAAGAACUUCCUCAAGGAAGCCCGGUUGACUGAACAGCUUCCCCUGAUCAUUGUUUGCGACCGUUUCAACUUCAUCCAUGACCUGGUUCUCUACCUUUACCAGAACCAGCAGUUCAACUCGAUCGAGGUCUACGUGCAGCGCGUCAACCCCUCUCGUGCUCCGGCCGUGGUCGGUGGGCUUUUGGAUGUUGAUUGCGAGGAGAGUAUUAUCAAGAACCUUCUCUCGACCGUUGACCCAUCUGUGAUUCCCAUUGAUGAGCUCGUGAAUGAGGUCGAAACCCGUAACCGACUGAAGCUGCUCCUGCCCUUCCUCGAGGCAACCCUCGCCACUGGUAACCAGCAACAGGCCGUUUACAACGCUCUUGCCAAGAUCUACAUCGACAGCAACAACAACCCCGAGAAGUUCCUCAAGGAAAACGACAUGUAUGACACUUUGACGGUUGGAAAGUACUGCGAGAAGCGCGACCCGAACCUGGCCUACAUUUCCUACCGCAAGGGUCAGAAUGACUUGGAGCUCAUCAACAUUACCAACGAGAACGCUAUGUACCGUGCGCAGGCUCGUUAUCUCGUCGAGCGGGCCGACACUGAAAUCUGGUCCUUUGUCCUCAGCGAGAACAACAUGCACCGUCGAUCCUUGGUUGACCAGGUCAUUGCCACUGCAGUGCCCGAGUCGACCGAGCCCGAUAAGGUGUCGGUUGCUGUCAAGGCUUUCCUCGAGGCCGAUCUCCCCGGCGAGCUUAUCGAGUUGCUGGAGAAGAUCAUUCUCGAGCCGUCGCCGUUCAGUGACAAUGGCAGCUUGCAGAACCUGCUGAUGCUGACUGCCGCCAAGGCCGACAAGGGCCGUCUCAUGGACUACGUCCACCAGCUGAAUGAAUUCAGUCCCGAUGAGAUUUCGGAAAUGUGUAUUUCGGUUGGUCUCUACGAGGAGGCCUUCGAGAUUUACAAGAAGGUCAACAACUACCUCGCCGCCGUCAAUGUUCUUGUCGAAAACAUUGUCAGCAUUGAUCGCGCCCAAGAGUUCGCCGAACGUGUCGAAUUGCCCGAAGUGUGGAGCAAGGUUGCUAAGGCACAGCUGGAUGGCUUGCGUAUCUCCGACUCCAUUGAAUCUUACAUCCGUGCGGGUGACCCGACCAACUACAACGAAGUGAUUGACACCGCCACCCACGCUGGUAAGGAUGAGGAUCUUGUCAAGUAUUUGAAGAUGGCCCGCAAGACUUUGCGUGAGCCUGCCAUUGAUACCGGCUUGGCAUUCUGCUAUGCCCGUCUUGACCAACUGUCUGAACUUGAGGACUUCUUGCGUGCCACCAAUGUCGCGGACAUCGAAGCAUCUGGUGACAAGGCCUACGAGGAGGGCUACCACCACGCCGCCAAGAUCUUUUUCACCAGCAUUUCCAACUGGGCCAAAUUGGCUACGACCCUUGUGCACCUGGAAGAUUACCAGGCUGCUGUGGAGUGUGCUCGCAAGGCCAACAGCGUCAAGGUGUGGAAGCAGGUCAACGAGGCCUGCGUUGCCAAGAAGGAGUUCCGCCUCGCGCAGAUUUGCGGUCUGAACCUCAUUGUCCACGCGGAAGAGCUUCAAGACCUUGUGCGCCAGUACGAGCGCAACGGUUACUUCGAUGAACUCAUUGGUGUCCUCGAGGCCGGUCUGGGCCUGGAGCGUGCCCACAUGGGUAUGUUCACGGAACUCGGCAUUGCGCUCUCCAAGUAUCACCCCGACCGGGUCAUGGAGCAUCUCAAGCUCUUCUGGUCCCGCAUCAACAUCCCUAAGAUGAUUCGGGCCUGCGAGGAGGCCAACCUCUGGCCCGAGUUGGUCUUCCUUUACUGCCACUACGAUGAAUGGGACAACGCCGCUCUGGCGAUGAUGGAGCGUGCUGCCGAUGCCUGGGAGCACCACUCGUUCAAGGACAUCAUCGUCAAGGUUGCUAACCUGGAGAUCUACUACCGUGGCCUGAACUUCUACCUGCAGGAGCAGCCGCUGCUUCUUACCGAUCUCUUGCAGGUCUUGACGGCUCGUAUCGAUGUCAACCGUGUCGUUCGUAUCUUCCAGGCCUCCGACAACAUCCCUCUGAUCAAGCCGUUCCUGCUGAAUGUGCAGACCCAGAACAAGCGGGCGGUGAACGACGCUAUCAACGACCUGCUGAUCGAAGAGGAGGACUACAAGACCUUGCGUGAUUCGGUGGACAACUACGACAACUUUGACGCCGUGGAUCUUGCGCAGCGUCUGGAGAAGCAUGACCUCAUCUUCUUCCGCCAGAUUGCCGCCAACAUCUAUCGCAACAACAAGCGUUGGGAGAAGUCGAUUGCUCUGUCUAAGCAGGACAAGCUGUACAAGGAUGCAAUCGAGACGUCCGCCAUCUCCGCCAAGCCCGAUGUCGUCGAGGACCUGCUCCGUUACUUCGUGGAUAUUGGCAGCCGCGAGUGCUACGUUGGUAUGCUGUACGCCUGCUACGACCUCAUUCGCCCCGACGUCAUCAUGGAGGUGUCGUGGCGCAACGGUCUCAACGACUUCACGAUGCCCUUCAUGAUCAACUUCCUGUGCGAGCAAACGCGGGCGAUCGAGACGCUCAAGAAAGACAACGAAGAACGAAAGAAGCGGGAGGUGACGCAUCAGACGGAGGAGGAUAACACUCCGAUCCUGGGCGGUUCGCGACUAAUGCUGACCCAAGGCCCGGCGGCCCCUGCGCCAAGCCCCAUGGCAUACCAACAGACCAACGGGAUCACGCCGCAGGCGACCGGAUUCCGCCCGUUCUAGAUGCACGUCCGUAACGUCUCUCUUGUCAUUUGCGAUGGGAUUUAGUGUAUGUAUAGCAUAAACGAUGGAUGAUCUACCCGCCGAGCCUGAGUGGGACAGCGAAGUUCGCCGAGAGGGGGUGGGCUUGUUGUUAGUUGCACUACGCUGGGCUAUUCGGGGGACAUUUGACGGUUUCAUUCAUUGCAGGGAGGGGAUCCUCGAUCUCGUUCUUGUCUAAUUUUUCCAAUUUUUUCCUGUUUUAUCUCCAUUUCAAAAAUUUCUCUUCCUUCCGCUGCUUUCUAUUAUCUUCCCCUCGAUGUAUUUUGAUAGGUUUUACACCUUUGUGGCCGUGAAUCAGUACCCUCACGGUGAGCAUUAGUUAAUGGCAUUGUUGUGAUCGAUUUCAAAGACG